AUGUGGGUCAGGGAGGUGACGAUCGAUGGCUUCAAGUCGUAUGCGCAACGCGCCGUCAUCGGCCCCUUUGACAGCCAGUUCAACGCCGUGACGGGUCUCAACGGCUCUGGCAAGUCCAACAUCCUAGAUUCCAUCUGCUUCGUGCUGGGCAUCCAAAACUUGCAGCAGGUGCGUGCCAACAGCCUGCAGGAGCUGGUGUACAAACAGGGCCAGGCGGGCAUCACCAAAGCCACCGUGUCCAUCGUGUUUGACAAUCGCGAGAAGGAGCGCGGGCCGGUGGGCUAUGAGCAGCUGGACGAGAUCACGGUGACCCGCCAGCUGGUUAUCGGCGGGCGCAGCAAGUACUUGAUCAAUGGCAAAGUGGCGGAGCCCUCGCGUGUGCAGAGCCUAUUCCACUCGGUGCAGCUCAACGUCAACAACCCGCACUUCCUCAUCAUGCAAGGCCGCAUCACCAAGGUGCUCAACAUGAAGCCGCCCGAGAUCCUGGGGCUGCUGGAGGAGGCCGCUGGCACCAAGAUGUAUGAGGAGAAGAAGAAGAAGGCGGUGCACACGCUGGGCAAGAAGCAGUUAAAGGUGGACGAGAUCAACAAGGUGCUGACCGAGGACAUCUUGCCUGCACUGGACAAGCUGCGGCGGGAGAAGGUGCAGUACAUGGAGUGGCAGAAUGCCGUCAAAAACCUGGACAAGCUUGUCCGCUUCUGUGUGGCUCACCGAUAUGUGGAGGCACAGAGGUUGCAGCAGAAUGGCGAGCAGGAUGUGCAGCAGGUGCAGAACGACUUGAGUGAUCUCGAGGCGCAGUAUGCUGCACUGGAUCUGAAAAUUCGUGAGAAGCAGGAUGAGAUUGAGGGGCUGAAGACCGAGAAGGAGCUGCAGAGCAGUGGCGAGGUCAAGGAGCUGCAAGCGGAGGUUGAUGACAUCUCCAAGCGCACUGAGCUAGCAGUUCAAGCAGCGCAGAACGAGCUGGACGGUGCUGAGGCAGGGGACGGACGUGAUGCAUCCAACCGCAGCCUUCAGGAGCGGCUGGCAGACACACAGAACGCGCAGACCGUAGCGGAAGCAGAGGCCAAGGCUGCUGAGACGCGAAGCAAGCACCUACUGAAGCAGCUGGCUGAGCAGCGUAAGGCACUGGCCUCCAAGGAGAAGGAGGGCUCCAAGUUGCCGAAGGACUUACAGCGAGAGCGAGCAGAAGUGGAACAGUGCCGACAGGCGGCAGCAGCGCUUGGCUACCUUCCUGCAGCAGCAGCGGGCCUGGAGGAGGAGGCGGAGCGGCAGCGCAGCGAGGUGCAGUGCUGGCGCGACCGUGUGGACGAGCUGUCAUCGCAGCUGGCAGCCAUCGACUUCCGCUACAGCGAUCCGGAGCACAACUUCGAUCGGUCGCGUGUGAAGGGUGUGGUGGCCAAGCUGACACGAGUGGCUGAUCCUACCACCAGCACAGCGCUGGAGGUUGCGGCAGGUGGCAAGCUGUACCAGGUGGUGGUGGAUAACGAGCAGACGGCCAAGGCGCUGUUGGCACAUGGCCACCUGCGCCAGCGCGUCACCAUCAUCCCUCUGAAUAAGGUGUCGGCGCACAGCAUCCCACCCUCAGCAGUGGCUGCCACACGGCGGAUGGCGGGGGAUAAGGCGCAGCUGGCGCUGGAGCUGGUGGGUUAUGACCAGGAGUUAUCGGCGGCUAUGAAGUAUGUGUUUGGCGGCUCCAUCAUCUGCAAGGACGCCAGCACCGCCAAGAAGCUGGCAUUUGCCCGUGAGGUCAACACUCGGUGCAUCACGCUGGAGGGCGAUGACUUCAACCCGGGCGGUACGCUAACUGGCGGCUCCCGCAACAAGGGCGGCAGCGUGCUGGGACGGCUGCACGAGCUGGCGGCGGCAGAUCAGCAGCUGGAAGGAGCACAGGCCAAGCUGGCGCAGGCAUUGGCCUCUAUCAAGGCCAUGGCCGCAGCAGCGCAACAGCACAAGAAGCUAAGUCACGAGCUGGAGCUAAAGCAGCACUCACUGAAGCUGCUGGAGGAGCGCAUGCAGGGCAGCGAGGUUCACCAGCUGUCCGAGGCAGUUGCUGGCAGCGAGCUGGAGCUGCAGGAGGCACAGGAGGCGCUUGCUGCAGCGCAGAAGAAGCAGCAGGACAUGUUGGCGGCGGCAAAGGACUGGCACACGAGGAUGCCCACCUUUGACAAAAAACGGGACAAGCGCUCCAGGGAUCCCAAAGACAAGAUGUUCGCCACCAAGAAGCAGUUUGAAGCCGCCAAGAAGGCCUUGAAAGCCAAGCAGGCGGUGCUGCAGACGACGCUAGCAGAGGCCGAGGCUGCUGACAGCGAGCGCAAGACGUUGGUUGAGCAGCUGACGACGGCUAAGAAGAUGGUCAAGGGGCUGGAAGAGCAGGUUGCCGAGCUGGCAGCAGUGGUGGCUGCCGCCAAGGCAGACUAUGACAAUCGCAAUGGGCGCCUGAUGGAGCGGCUGGCGCGCCUGCAAGAGUGCGACUCUGAGAUUGCGAUGGCCACCAAGGAACGCGAUGCGCUGGAGGGGCUUAAAACCGACAAUCUGAUGUUUGCUGAGCACGAGAAGGCCAGUGCCACCAUCGAGGGGCUGUCCAAGAAGGUGAACAAGAAGGUUAUGCAGAUGUUUGACAAGGCGGAGCAGGAGUACAACGAGCUGAAGCGCAAGAAGGAUGUGGUGGAGAACGACAAGAGCAGGAUUGAGCAGACCAUUGGCACGCUGGAUGAGAAGAAGCGUGAGGCGUUGGAGAAGACAUGGCGCAAGGUUACAGGCGAUUUUGGCGCCAUCUUCUCCACGCUGCUGCCGGGCACGACUGCCAAACUGGAGCCGCAGGAGGGCUGCUCAUUCAUGGAGGGGCUGGAGGUGAAGGUGGCUUUUGGCGGCGUGUGGAAGGAGUCGCUGAGCGAGCUAUCGGGAGGUCAGAAGUCGCUGCUGGCGCUGAGCCUGAUCCUGGCCAUGCUGCUCUUCAAGCCCGCCCCGAUCUACAUCCUGGAUGAGGUGGAUGCGGCUCUGGACUUGAGCCACACGCAGAACAUCGGCCGCAUGAUCAAGGCACACUUCCCGCAGAGCCAGCCCCUGCGGCAGCGAAUAAGCAUGUCCUCGGCCAUGAACUCAGCAGCCCGAGCAGCAGCCAGCCCGCAGAAGGGUGGCGCUCCAGAUGCUGGACGCCCGCUGGACACCGGCGCGGUGACCAAGCGCCUGCAGCAGGAGCUCAUGAGCCUGAUGGCCAGCGGUGGCGACGGCGUGUCCGCCUUCCCUGCGGGCGACUCGCUGUUUGACUGGGUGGGCACCAUCAACGGUGCUGACGGCACGGCAUACGAGGGUUGCACAUACCGCCUGUCCCUCAAGUUCACCUCGGAGUACCCCUUCAAGGCGCCUGGCGUGCGGUUUGACACCCCUUGCUUCCACCCCAACGUGGACGCCCAUGGAAACAUCUGCUUAGACAUUUUGAAAGAGAAGUGGUCAGCGGCAUACAGUGUGAAGACCAUAUUGCAGUCCAUCCAAUCGCUGCUAGCAGACCCGAACGUAGACUCGCCGCUCAACGCGCACGCAGCCAAGUUGUGGGGCGUAAACGAUGCAGAGUACCGGGCGCUGGUGCAGAAAGCGUACAAUGGCCCCAAGCAUGCAACGUGA